GAACACACCACUCCUCUCAUGAGUGGGGGAGGAAGAACCUCACAGGCCUUUUUAUGGGACUUGCUUAUCAUUGGUCACACACAACCCCUCACCAUGAACAGUGUCGCAGCUGCCCUCCUUGUGUGGAUUCUGAUUUCUCCCAGCAGCAGUGACCAUGGCAGAGAAAAAGGUUGGCCCACGCACACGGCCUGCAGCAGCGGAGGCUUGGAAGUAGUCUACCAGAGCUGUGAUCCCUUACAGGAUUUUGGCCUUUCCAUUGACCAGUGUUCCAAACAGAUCCAGCCAAAUCUCAACAUUAGAUUUGGCAUCAUUCUGAGAGAAGACAUCAGAAAGCUGUUUCUGGACAUAGCUUUUGUGGCGAAAGGCUCUUCUCUUCUGAACUACUCCUAUCCCCUUUGUGAGGAGGACCAGCCCAAGUUCUCUUUCUGUGGAAGAAGGAAAGGAGAGCAGAUAUACUAUGCCGGCCCUGUCAAUAACCCUGGGCUUGAUGUUCCACAGGGAGAAUACCAGCUCUUGCUGGAACUGUACAAUGAAAACCAUGCUACUGUGGCUUGUGCCAAUGCCACUGUCACCUGCUCCUGAGCAUGGCCUGCAAGAAAAUGCACAGGAAACUCAGCCUCAGGGAACCCCAAGGUCACCUCGCUGCAAGAACCACCGAUGACAAAGAGGAACUACAAAGAAGUUUCUCGUAGGUCACUCUGCCGAUCUUGGCUCUAGGGACAGAUGAUCCCAGACCCAAUGGAUGUAAUAAAACCUCCAAAAUUAUCUAUUUCUGAGGACUCUAAGCAGUCCUGAGGCCCCAUCUAUAACGGCUCUCCUUACAGAAUUGCAUCUCAUCAAAGUUACCUCUUAUAUGCUCCUUAGCAACACUUCUUUGAAGUCACCUGGGAUGUAAAAAAAAUAAAAUAAUAAAAAUAAAAGCUGCCCUGUAC